AUGAACCUGUUUCCGCGUCAAAUGGUACCAAAUACGAUUGUACUGUUUUCAUCGAGCGAUGAAAAACGCCAAAUACCUUCAUCAAUCAAGGAGCUGCUGCAGUAUUUAAAUCUUAGCUAUAAGAAAUAUUACUUCUUCAACGAGCGUUUCCUGCAUAGUGAUCCACAUAAAGGUUGUUAA